GAUCUCCCUGCAACUAAUACAUUUGUAAAAUUAACAGUUAAAAAUAUUUUAAUUGCAACAUAAGUGCAAUUUGGUUUAGUAUAGAAGAUGAUAACCGAUUGGCUAAAAUGAUCAAAACUUUAAUUACAGAGUUUAAAAAUUCUGCAAUUAUUUUUAUUGAGAAACUGGGACGACCAGACAAGUUUAUUGCAAUAGUUUAUUAUUUAUGUUAUGAAUACAUAAACGGUAUUUUCUAUCCAUUAGGAGAGAGAGAACAAUUAAUAGAAUACCAAUAUAUCUGUAUGAAAUCAGACCGGAGAUUGUUUAGUUAACAAUUACGUUAGUUUAUCGAUGUAAAAUUUAGUCAAAAAAAUUUAAUAAUUUAAUGCAGCGAACCAGCUUUAAAGGUGGCGAUAUAAAGUGUAACAAUAUCACAAAAAAAUAAGUGAAAGGAAACGCGUAAACUGAGAACUGCAGAGGACCUAAUACUGAGCCCUGGGGCACACCACACUUCACCUGUGUAGCUUUUAACAUUUCUUUCGUUUACAAAAAGAACAUUGCAAUUUUCUAACAGUUAAUAUCAACCACCAGUGCAAAAAAAGCCAAUAUGAUUCUUAACAACAAGCUCAGAAAAGUCUUGAUGCAUAAAACAGUCUUGAAACAAUACUAGAAGACACUAUCCCAGUCAAGCGCUAAAUACGUAUUAUAUCCACAACGGGCGAAAUAAUGCUUUUUUUAAUUCCAAACUGUGUAUAUUUAUUGUGAUUUUUAUAUUAAAACCCGAGUCGUUCCCACACGGUUCCUCGGGGUCAACUGAGAGUCGUCUCCAGACGGAGCAGGCCGAGAAGCGUUUUCGGUGAUUUGCUACGGUCUGCCUGUAUUUUGGUUUUGUUUUGUACGGUAGGUGGCGUUAUGAGCCCGUUCCGUCCCGCGUCACGUUACCUGCCAGACGGAAGAACCGGCCAUUUCCAGCGACUUGCGCGCCGUCUCGUCUUCGCGACGUUGAGGGAACGCCGACCGUUCCGUUCCCCGCGUCCUUCGGUUCCCCACGAACGCCAGACUCCAAAUCUUUAGCGAAUAUUAAAUUGUCGCGGUCAUUAUUUAGCCGAUUUUAGUAACUGUCGCUAUUAUUCCGCCGGGGUGCGGCUGAGAAACAACAACGCGACAUAUUUAUAGGGAUUUUUUUUUAGCCACGACCUUUAUCUUUAUCUUUAUCCACGACCUUCAUCAACAUGGCCAUCGCGGAUUUGGCGUUCGUCGUUUUAUUGUUCUCGAAAGGUGUGUUUGGUGUUGAGGCAGAUGCAGCGGAGGUGCUUGAGCUGAUGGAAGGAGAUCCCGUCGUUCUAGACGCCAGGUGUAUUACCAAACUACAGAAAGAUGACGUGAUGGUGUGGAAGUUUGAAUCUGAUGUCAUAGCUAUGAUCGAGGGCAGUAAGGUCCUGUUGUAUGACACGGAGGACGCAAAAUUCAAAGACAAGCUACAAAUCAACGCUCAAACCGGGGAUCUCACCAUCAGAAACACCAGAACCACACACUCUGGGCUUUAUGAAGUGAAGAUCACCAAUAUCACUGCCACAACAUACAGGAGAUUUAGUGUUACUGUCCUUGAUCCAAUUCCUACAAAAGUUUCCGUUACGGCGGGAGAGCCUGCCGUUUUAAAGCACAAUAUCGCCGAUAUACAGCGUUAUGAUGUCAUUGAAUGGACGUUUGAAGACGGGAAGACUCCCGUAGCUCGGAUCAACAAACAGAACAGUCAAAGUCUCUCAUAUGAUGAAAAUGACGAGAGAUUCAGAGACAGGCUGGAGCUGGAUCAGUCCGGGUCUCUGACCAUCACCGACUCCAGAACCUCAGACUCUGGACUUUAUAAACUCCAGGUGAAAGGAACAAACAUAGGGAUCAAACACAGGAGGUUCCGUGUGAAGGUUGAGGAACCCGGUCUGCACGCGGGUGUUAUAGUGCUGAUAUGUGUAGUUGUUUUUGCAUUGAUCCUGGUGGUGGUCGGGAUUUGCAUUCGGAGAAAUCGUCAGCAGAGCCAGUAUUAACUCUGCACGCAUGGCCAUUAUCAACCAAAGUGAAGAUAAAGGGAAUGGGGUACAGGAUCCAUUGAAAGGGGAACAAUAAUACAGUGCCUCUGUAACAUAAGAUGUGGAUGAAAUCGCUUACAUAUGUUGUACAUUCGCUGGAACGGUUUGCAGUACAUGCUGAUCAAUGACCUUAUUACUUUACUGUACGCCUUUACAUAUAAAUAUACAAUAUAGCACCUGCUAUUGAUACAUAUAAAAUGGUGACUGUUGUUUGAAGCUUAGUUGGAAUUAUUAUAAAAAUAAUGAAGUUUUCCUCAGCGGUUGAUUCAUGCUUUAAAGGGGAUCAUAAAAGGAGAUGUGUGACAUUUUCUUACAUGUGCAAAAGACUUAAGGGACACUUUUAUUUGUGGUAAUAAUCUGCACAUGCUGCUUUUUUACAUUUACAUUUUCCACAGUUUUAUGGAAAACGUGUGCCCCUCUUUGUUUGAAAUGUUUUUAAGAUCUGUAUUUCACGGUUACUGUGACGUUGUUUACAUGGGGACAGGUUAUGAUAAACUGAGCAGUGAUUUGCGUGUUGAAUGUUUUGAAUGUAGGCCCGCAUUUGUAGGCCUUUUUUUUUUCAUGAUUGAGAUCCAUAAGAAAUACGAAAGCCAAAUUUAUUGCACUUACUGUAUUUUUUUUUUUUUUUUUAAUGUUGUUAAAAUGCUAGGUUGUAACUGAAAAAUCGAUGCCUUUUUUGUAUAUUGGGAAAUAUAAAAAAAUAAAGAAAGAAAGAAUGUA